AUGUUUGUUGUGGAGUACAAGACUUUUGUUGAAGAAGAUGGGUCAAGACCUCUGAGAGAGGUUAUCGACAUAGGCAAGAUCAGGCCGAGACCGCCGGUGGUUCCUUUUCCGGCUGAAGAUUUGUCUCCAGGUGAUAUGGUUGAUGCCUUUGAUUAUGAUGGUUGGUGGCGUGGAACUAUCUGUGAAAAGAAAGGGUAUGGAGGAGACGAAAUCGAAGUGAGCAGCGGAGAGCAGGGUUAUCUAGGCUCCUAUUAUGAAGCAAGAGUGGCCAAGAAGAUCAGCAAAUCUAUGUUUGUUGUGGAGUACAAAACUUUGGUUGAAGAAGAUGGGUCAAGACCUCUGAGAGAGGUUAUCGACAUAGGUGAGAUCAGGCCGAGGCCGCCGAUGGUUCCUUUUUCGGUUGAAGAUUUGUCUCCAGGUGAUAAGGUCGACGCCUUUGAUUAUGAUGGUUGGUGGCGUGGAACUAUCUGUGAAAAGAAAGGUUUUGGGUAUGUUGUGCAUUUUCAUACCACUGGAGAGACCAUGACUUUCCCUAAUACUGAGAAGUUGAGAAUUCAUCUGGACUGGGUUGAAGGAAAAUGGGUCUCUGCCAACUUUGGGUAUUUAUAA